CGGAGCAGCUGAGGAUGGAGCGGAGACACAUAGAAGCGGCCGUGUCAGAUCUCAACUGUGAGAUAAAACCUCUGCUCACGAGAAUCUUCCUUUAACGCUCACUCAGCAGCUUCCUUUUCUUCUGUGUUUGACCUAAUCUCACCGCUGAGAUCCUCGCUCACCGGUCCACUUCAUCCAUCUGUCUGUGAACGCACCACCGGCUUCAGUUGUGUGUGUCAGUUGGAUGGAAAGAAGAUCCCGUUAAAAUAAUAAUAAUAAUAAAACAUAAAUAAAUAAAAAACACCCAGCGAAAUUCAUUUCCCGCGAGGGUUUACACCUUCUGCCGAACUGCCAAGUCGGUCCUACAAUCGAUAUGGAUGAAGACAAUCACGUUCCUGAGGAUCUGUCCCUGGAGGAGAGGGAUGAGCUGUCAAACAUCCGACGGAGGAAGAGAGAGCUGCUCGAUGAUAUUGAGAGGUUGAAGUUUGAAAUAGCAGAAGUCAUGACAGAGAUCGAGCAACUCACAUGUGUCGGGGAAAGUAAAACAUCCCAGAGAAACAAACAAAUUGCUAUGGGCAGGAAAAAAUUCAACAUGGAUCCCAAAAAGGGAAUUCAGUUCCUGCUGGAGAACGACCUUCUCCAGCACACUCCCGAAGACAUCGCCCAGUUCCUCUACAAAGGCGAGGGGCUCAACAAGACGGUCAUCGGAGACUACUUAGGCGAACGGGAUGACUUCAACAUCAAAGUGCUUCAGGCUUUCGUGGAGCUGCAUGAAUUUGCGGAUCUGAACCUUGUUCAAGCACUACGGCAGUUCCUGUGGAGUUUCCGUUUACCAGGCGAAGCUCAGAAGAUUGACCGUAUGAUGGAGGCAUUUGCGUCACGCUACUGCCAGUGCAACCCCGGGGUCUUCCAGUCCACAGAUACCUGCUAUGUGCUGUCAUUCGCUAUCAUCAUGCUCAACACCAGUCUGCACAACCCUAACGUUAGAGACAAGCCCCCCGUGGAGCGCUUUAUCUCCAUGAACAGGGGCAUCAAUGAAGGAGGGGAUCUGCCAGAGGAGCUUCUCAGGAACCUUUAUGACAGUAUCAAAAACGAGCCCUUCAAAAUUCCAGAGGACGAUGGGAAUGAUCUGACCCACACAUUCUUCAACCCUGACAGAGAAGGCUGGCUCUUAAAGCUCGGCGGCCGGGUGAAAACGUGGAAGAGAAGAUGGUUUAUUCUGACUGACAACUGCCUCUAUUACUUUGAAUACACAACAGAUAAAGAGCCUCGUGGGAUUAUUCCUUUAGAAAACCUCAGCAUCAGAGAGGUGGAUGAACCAAGAAAACCUAACUGCUUUGAGCUCUACAACCCCAACCACAAAGGUCAGGUUAUCAAGGCCUGCAAGACAGAGGCGGAUGGGAGGGUCGUCGAGGGCAACCACGUAGUGUACAGGAUAUCAGCCCCGACCCCGGAAGAAAAGGAGGAGUGGAUCAAAUCCAUCAAAGCGAGCAUCAGCAGGGAUCCUUUCUAUGACAUGCUGGCCACCAGGAAGAGGAGGAUAGCCAAUAAGAAAUGAUGACCAUUCACCCUGAGCUACAUAUUUCAGCAGCACUCCAGUGACCAGGAAUCCUUGUGAAUGUGUAUGUGUUACUGGAGUCACAAAGAUCCUCCAGGUGUUGUUUAAGGGCCGAAGGACAAGCAGCAAAACCAAGUGGGUCUCUGUGGAUCACCUAUAUUUCUACCUGAAGAGAGCGCCUCAAUUUUUGUCUGACAUGAAAAAAGAUUACAUUUAGUCUGGCAGAAACUUUGAAUAUUGCUGUGGAUCAGGAAAGAAAGAAGAGACAGCCAAGGCUGUAAUCAAAGAAUCUUUUUGAAAAGACUGCCCUCUGCUGGCCUUGUCAGGAAUUGCCUGCUACACUAAGUUCGAAUUUUAAAACCUCAAUAUCCAUCGCCAUAUACUGCAGUACUCCUGUCAUCCAGACUUGCCAGCAGGAUUCUUAUUUUUUACCUUCACCUCCUUCAACAACUGCCAACAGUGAUAUUUUAUAGCAACUUCUGAAAGUCUCAAGCGUAUCACUCAGCUGGUCUGGUUGAUAACACAGAAGUGACUGCAUCUGCAUAUGUUUCGUUUCUAUUCGGUUCAGGUUUGGAUCAUAUACAUAGAGUUCUCUAACAUGUUUAAUCUUUGACUGCAACGGAAAACGGGUUUGAGGACGAUACUUGUACACUACAGUGUACUCCCACAUCUUAAGUAACCAUGAUAUUUAAAAAGCUGUAGUUAACACUCACCUGAAAAGUAUUUUAAGUACUGAGGAUUCACCUUUGUGAUAUUUUUUUGUAUUUAUUUUGUUUUACAAAUAAAGACAGCCCCCAACUUAUAUUUAGCAUGUAUAUAAUGUACAUACCGUUUUUUUUUAUAUAUAUAUUUUGUGUCCAUGUAGCAUGUAAAUGAAGUUGUAGUUUUUACAAGUUUACCUUUUUAGUUCAACAUCAACAGCUUGUAAUAGUGGAAGAAACACAUGCUCAUUGUGGAGCACAGAUAAUACAAGAUGCUCUAUCAAAAAGGUAUAAAUGCUUCAAAAAGAUGAAACAAAUAAGAAACUGGAACUUUCAGAACUCUACGUGUGUGAAUGUAGACUGAAAUCUUAGCAACCCAGAGCCAGUUUACGUACAGUUUUACAUUUAAACUUGAUUUUUGUUCGGGAAAACUGCUCCCAAAAACCUGGAUGUACAACCUAAAUAAAAAUAAUUGCUUA